AUAUGCCCUACCAAUGGAUCUGCCAUUCAUGUUGCGACCAACAGCUGAAACGGCGCGCGAAGCGUAGCGGUAACGAAGAAGAAGAAAGUGCGUGACGUCACCGAUGCUUCCAUUAGCUUAGCCGGGCUUCCGCUGCCCCGGCCCGGGCAAGCUGCUCAAAAUUGACGACCGCGCCCAAAUUCGUCUCGGCCGUGCCUAAGCCCGCCCGCACGACCGCGGCAAGCAGGCUAGGCCAGCGUGAGAGCCCGAUUCCCCAGUUCGUCGCUGAAGCCGGCCGUUCCACGCCGUAGGUCGUCGGCACAGGUAGGGCGCAGUCAUGUCGGGUUCUGCCGAGAAGAAAGACGGCGAAAAGAAAGAAGACGACAAGAAAGAGGUGCCCAAGGAAGGCGAGGCGAAAGAUGGCGCGAAGAAGGACGGAGCCACGAAGGACGACGUGGACAAGGACUACGUCAUCUUCCACUUCCCUGGCGUCGAGCAAGCGGACGGGACGUCGGCGGGCUGCGAGACGCUCAAGAUCCCGAGGGAUGCAGCCAUCGGCCUCGUCCAGAAGGUGCGUCCCGCCGUUGCGCGUCUGGUCGAGCGCUGUCCCUGUAAUGACCCGGCGCCCCCGGGCCCCGAGGCCACCGAACCCAUGGUUCCCUGCGUCGACUGCAUGGCCGAGUUGAAAGCAGAGGCGCGGCGCCUCUCGACGAAGGCCAUCGUCCAGACGGCAGUGUCCAACAUGUCCAUCCAGCAGCCGUGCCCGUUCAAGGCGCAGUCGUUGACCAUGACUAAGAGCUGUCCUGUUCCCCCGCAGGCACCACCGCUGCCAGACAAGAUCACGCAGCAGAUGUCUUUCAUCAAGAUCAGCUGUGGCAAGUGCGGCUCCGAGCAAGUCAUGGACCCUGCCCAGACUGCUGCCAUCAAGGGUCCAGCCGCAGCUGCCGCCGCACAAGCAGCUACACCUGGUGCCUCUACCAGCGGUGCCGGUCCUUGUGGCGGCCCCGGCAUGAUGAACGUCAUCAGCUCCGUGCCCGGCUCUAACACGCACAUCCAAUUCAACUGCAACUGCCUCGAGCAGUUCGGAUUCGCACCCAACGGGGGCGGCGUAGCGAUGCCACCGAUACCGCACGCGCCAAACUGUUGCUACGCCUUGGGCAACGCGCAGCCUCCUACGGGCAGGAGAAGUUCCAGUCGCGGUCACAACGACCACGUCAGAGAUCGGCUGAUCGCCGAGGAGCGUCGCAUGAUGGAGCGGCUCGAAGAGGACGACUACGACGCCGGUUCGCCGAGAAGGCGAAGCUACCACGAGUUCGAAGAGAGGAGAACGUACGGCAACGGGGGCGGUAGGUCGCGCAGCAGCAGGGGCGUUGAUGACGGUCGUGGCAGGUACGAGGAAGACCCGAGUGACGUCAGCGAAGGUGGCGACGAUGACGACGGGCGGUACACCGUCAGGCGCACGUCCUCGGGAAACGUCGCCAUCAUCGGUGACGACAACUACAAAGUGCGCGUCGCGGUCGGCGGCAGAAGGUCGGAAGGCCGAAGGCGCGGUUACCGCUGAUACAUAAAAGCCGUGGUCUGGUU